UAUAAAAAAUCAAUAAUGCCUGCAUAUGAAAAUUAGUUAAUUCGUGUCAAAUUGAUCAUUUCUCCCACUGUUCUACCCGGAGCUGAUGUUGACUCACGAGACCAACGGCUAUUCGGUUCGUCAUAGUAUUGUUGUUGAUACCACGAGUAAACAAUUGAUGUGAUGCGCUCACGUGAGAGCAAAUACUGGCUUUAAUUAUUUUUGCAUGAUUUUGCUUGGCAGCAAAAACAAAAAGUAUAAAAUAGCGAAGCAAAAAUUCUUAGUGCCAAUAAAAAAUGUGUGAUCGAAAUGCUUCAACAGCAUAGUCAUCGCGUCUCCGCAGACAAAGAGACAAACGAACGAUGCUGGAGUAAGGCAAGCACGCUCCACUCCAUACAGAAAUCAGAAAUAGCCCCGAAGCAAUAGUAGCACUCCGGCUGAUGGUGGUGACAGUAAAAGUGAAAAGCUACAUACAACAAUCAAUUAAGGCCAAUUACUAUUAAGCAGCCGACACCAUCGCGAUGGCCAAGGGGAGGGGAAGGCAAGUGGUAAUGAUUGCAAACGAACAAGCACGAGGCUUUGAAGUGCUGAGGCGAAUAGCGGCCGCCAACAGCCAACAGCCACCAGCCUCUAGACGCCAGUCGCCAGCUGUUACGUGAGUGGACCAAAAUUCCAGAUACACCAGCACACAAAAAAUAUUCGUAGGAAAUUGAAAGCGACUCUCGGGGAGUGGACGAAAUGAAAGCAAGAAAAAAAAUCAGCAUCACAACAAUGCACUGUGGAAGAUGGUUGGGCGUACUCGUAACGGCUGAACGGUUACAUUUCAGGGGUGUAUGGGGAUGGAGUGUCAAAAAGUUCAGAAGCUUCAAGGCAAUUUAAAAAAAUUUACACUUCAGACACUCAUUGAAAGUAAACAGCGAGUACAACAAUAACACAAACAGUUACAGGGAGCGCUUAACAUAGGGUCAUGAUGAGAGCAGCCAGCAGCCGAUGACGAUGACAGAAACAAAAACAAACCAAAGAAACUAAAACAAAAAACUACAGCAAAAACAAAAGCAGAAAUUAAAACAAAAUAUCGAAAGCUGUAGCAACGCGCAGCGCAAUAUAAUUUGGUUAUUUUGUAGUAUAAAAACAACAUAGCAGCAGCAGUGUCAGAGAACAAUGCGUUUGGAGAGAAGAAUACCCACAGCGACAGCCACAGCAAUAGCCACAUACUGAGUGUGCGCCAAACAGUGAUUGUGAACAGCGACAACGAUUUCCAACCGACAACGAUUGUGUUGACGAUGCCACAAAGCAGACAAGCGUGAUACACACAGCAUAGCACCCAUGCAGCAAGGUAGCUAGGCAGCUAGGCAGCUUACUAGCCACUCAUAUCCAUCCAUCCAUCCAUCUAACCAACCAACCAACCAACCGACCUAGCAGCCAGUCAACGGGCUUUAGACUAAACCUGAGUAACGCACUUACGAGCCAUACAAACAAUAAAACAACAAAAAACGAAAACGCUCACGACACACACUCUCACGGGCAACGCCGUUGUACUCGUGUACUCAUGGAACAACAAUGAGAUAUCCCGACAAAGGAUAACAGCCCUUGGAACACGUAGCCACACAAAAGCGACCGAAGUUUAAACCUUUCACUCAUACAACGACGAAAUCACUUAACAGCUGGUGGUGCACUGUGUAACUUGAACGCAACAACAUUAAACAAAAACAAAAGAGAAAAUUGACUUGAAGAAUUGCUAAAGGAGCAGCAUUAACAAGAUUUAGCAGGAGCAGCACCAGAAGAAGAAGAAGCGAAUAAAAAAAGAAGAAGCAUAAAACUAAAAAUUAAAUUUCUGAUCGAGACGACCGCAUUAUAUAAAUUAUAUAAUAUUUGAAAUCAAAGUAUAUCGACCGCAACAUGUCGAUAAAAGCCAGGAGAACGAAGCUGACGUUGCACACAACAUCGGUCAAAAUGAAGCUGACUUGACCAAAACGGCAACAAGGCGAACACGACGGCACAGCAAUUGGAGCGGCAGCAGCAACAUCAUUAUCGGCUGCAAUAAUAACGCAUUGGAGUUGGGGCAGUGGCGUCGGACUUGGUUGUGGUGCAACAAGCCACACUGGCUGUGGCGCCGUUGUCGGUCGUUGGCUCGCCCAAUGAUGCGCACCGUCACCACAUCGCCACACAUCAAUAGCCAACGGCUGCAAGCCAUCAGACAACUAAAUAUUUACUUUACUCUCUUGCGUGUAUACUGUAUGCUUGUACUUAAUUACUUUACGCCCAGAAUAAUAAGAAACGAUGCGCCAUCAUCAUCAGUUAAGGUUACGUAUACGCCCCAUUGCACCAACAGGAGGAGGAGGAGCAGGAGCAGCAGCAGCAGCAGCAGCUGCAGCAGUACUACCAGCGAUAGCCAUAGGUGCAGUAGAUGCAGGUGCCGGAGCAACAGUGCGGUUAAAUCAAACAUCAACGCCAAAGUCAACAGCAAUGAAUUUGUGUUUGUAAAAGCAAUCAACAGCAGGAGCUGGAGCAGGAGUAGAUUUGGUCGACAAUCGACAAGCAACUGCCAAUACAAAAACAAUAGCAAAUACAUGAAAGAGAAUAAGAGUAAGCAACGCAAAGUGCUCGCAUUGUUGUUGGCGUGCAGGCAGCAUUUACUCUUUGAUAUCGUUUAUAUAAAAUGGCUGCUUUUCGAGCAUUUUGCGAAUCACUUCAUUAACAUGCAAAUUGGGACAACACUUUUUGCCACAAAAACCACAACAACAGCAGCAGCAAAGACUGCAGCAAAAUCCAAAACAAUAGAAGCAGCAACAACAACAACAACAACAACAAACAAAACAACAGCAACCAUACUCACUUUCACUUCAAUCACUUGCACAAACACAACUGCGAAUGCAAAUACAAACGCAAACACAACCAGUAGUUCAGCAAUCAAAAGUUAUAGCCGAACAAGAAAAAGAAGAAGAAGAGGAAGAGGAAUUAGCACAAGCAGAUAUAGUAGUUGGUGCAGCAGUGGUAGCGACAACGUACACUUUAGCCAAUUGGCGCUUACGUUGACAAAGCCACAAUUCAUACGACUACAAGGAAUUUGCAUUAUAAGACUGAUAUCAUUAAAGAGAUUUCUUCAAAUUCCUAAGCAACAAUCAAAUAUAUUUCUUAAGCGUAUAAAAAACUGCCUGAGCGCGCUCAUCCCUGCUGUCAGCUGCCGCUCAGCAACGAUACGAGAUGCGCAUGUGAAAACGCCAACGGCAAGCAGUGCAGCAGAAACAACAGCAGCAACAACGAAAACAGCACCACCAACAACAGCAAUAAAAGGAGCAGUACCAGCGCUGGCAACGGCAACUGCGAUAACAGUGAGAACAGCGAAAGUGUUCGAAUUGUCACCUCAGCCGCAUAUGUCAACUUCACUUCCAGCGCUUUUGCAACAGCCGCUGCAGCCCUUACAGGCACAAUUAGAAUUAUCGCCACCGCCGCCACCGCCACCGCCACCGCAACCCCAACCACAACUAAUGCAUCAGUUGCGGCUGCAACAACAGCAAUUGAAAUUUUGCUGCGGUUUCUUGUAUCGCCGCGUAUUAGUGUUAGUGAAGUGCUUGUAUCAGCGCGCCCGUCUAACGGAUUAUUUUGGUGGCCGUUGGCAUUGGCGUUGUCGGCCAUUGCCGUUGUUGCAUCGCACGCUCACCGUGUUGAUUUUGUUAUCUUCCUUGUGGCAUGGCACUGAGUGUUUUCAUGGCAGCGUCAAGUUAAGUGCCAACACAGUAAAGACGAAAUAUGGCCUGCUGCGCGGCAUUGUGGUGCGCUCCAGUCCAUUGGUAGAAGCUUAUCUGGGCAUACCGUAUGCCUCGCCGCCCGUUGGAAGCUUAAGAUUUAUGCCACCCAUUACGCCAUCCACAUGGAAGAACGUACGGAAUGCCGAUCGCUUUUCGCCCGUUUGUCCACAGACGGUGCCGAUACCGCCCAAUGGCCCAGAAGCGCUGCUAGAAGUGCCGCGUGCACGCUUAGCGCAACUGCGCCGAUUGCUGCCGUUGCUGAGUAAUCAAUCGGAAGACUGUUUGUAUUUAAAUAUUUAUGUUCCAUAUGAAAAUCGGCGAAAGAGGCGCUCGACCAACAGCAUGGAGCACACGCACGAUCCACCUACAUCCUUGCUCGCCACAGUACUACUCAUACAUGGCGAAUCGUAUGAGUGGAAUUCAGGCAAUCCCUACGAUGGCUCAGAGUUGGCUGCGCACGGUAAUAUAAUUGUCGUGACCAUUAACUUUCGUCUCGGCAUAUUUGGCUUUCUUAAAACGGGCGGCAAAGAGAGUGCGCAGGGUAAUUUCGGUCUAAUGGAUCUGGUUGCUGGCUUGCAUUGGUUGAAGGAAAACUUGCCCGCUUUUGGUGGUGAUCCACAACGCAUCACGCUGUUGGGGCAUAGCACAGGAGCGGCGUUGGCCAACAUUUUGAUGGUGUCACCGGUUGCAAGCGAUCUUGUGCAGCGUGCAGCGUUGGUAAGCGGUUCUGCGCUUUCGCCAUGGGCCAUACAAAAGAAUCCGUUGUUUGUGAAGCGACGUGUAGCCGAGCAGACCGGUUGUCAUGGUGAUAUGUUAUACGAUGAUUUGGCGCCCUGUUUACGCACGAAAAGUGUGGCCGAGCUGUUGGCUGUCAAAAUUGAUCAUCCGAGAUUCCUAAGCGGCUUUGCGCCCUUCAUCGAUGGCACAGUCAUAUCGCCAAAUGCCGAUCCCGUUGGAGAAUUGACGCUGCCCUUAGGUUCAGCCAUAGUUAGUACAUCAGGAAUUGAAUUUGCAAACUUUCCAAAACGCGACCUCAUUUUUUGCCUUACCUCAGUGGAAUCGUAUCUGGAUUUGAGUGCACAAGAUUUGGAAUUUGGUUUUAAUGAGACACGACGUGAUCGUAUACUAAGAAUAUUUGUUCGAAAUAAUUUUCAUUAUCAUUUAAAUGAAAUAUUUGCUGUGUUAAAGAACGAAUAUACCGAUUGGGAGAAAGCCAUACGUAGUCCCCUGAGCUCACGUGAUGCUACGCUCUCGUUUUUGAGUGAUGGGCAUACAGCAGCAGCGCUUAUCAAGCUCGGCUACAUGCAUAGUUUACGCGGUGGUCGUAGUUAUUUUUUACAUUUUAAACACAGGACUAUCGAAGAGGAGUACCCGCAGCGAACCGGUUCCGUUCGUGGUGAAGAUGUGCCUUUUUGGUUAGGAUUACCCAUUUCACCACUAUUCCCGCACAACUAUACUACUCAGGAGAAACAGAUUAGUCGCCUUAUGCUGCGCUAUCUCGCGAAUUUUGCGAAAACGGGCAAUCCGAAUCAUUCAGGUUUAGACUUACCAUCCAUAACUGCAUCAACGUCCAGAUCGCCGGCAUAUAUAGCCCAGCUCAUAGAGCAAGGCAAAGUGAAACGCGCUUCCCUCAAGUCCCUAAAUGCCGUCAAUAAAUUUUUCAAUCUCACUAUGCCACAUCUAAUCGCCCUUCAACAAGGCAGUUUAAUGGAUGCACACGGCUCGUUAAAUCUUGCAUUGUUCUACAAUCAGCGGCGUAGCGGUGCAAUGCGCGAACGUCGGGCCUACUACAAACGUCACCUGCGCAACAACAACAACAACGACGAAUCGAAUGAGCUGCUGAAUGCUGCUAUCCGGUUUGGUACUGAUGAACCAACUCGCGGGGAACAUUUGCCCUUUUGGGACGCCUAUGAUGUUGUAAAUCAACUGUAUUUGGAAUUGGGCAACAAGGCGGAAGUGCAGAGUCACUAUCGUGGCCAUAAAUUGUCGAUGUGGUUAAACUUAAUACCACAGCUGCACAAGCAUUCUAAUAUCAAUGACCAAUCUAUGCGUCAUCAUCAGUUUCCGGAGGAUGUCAGUAAUCGCGAUUUAUACGAAGGUGUCGUUCGGCCACAAAUACAAACGAAACCGCCAGAUGAUGAGGAUAAAAUUGUGGUGAGGACGCCCAAAUCGACAGCACCGACAAUGGUUGUGAACAAUAAUACAAAGACUGGCGGCAAUGCUUUAGCAGGCACCGUAACUACAGAAUGCAAUCCCGAUGGUACCGUAUAUGUGAAUGUUGGCGAUAGCCCAACCACGCAACAGCCUGUGGCAUCUGACAAUCGCUCAAUGGUGGAAGGUGGCACUCAGCAAAAGGAUUUGGCCACCGCCUCCACAGGAAUCAUAGGCAAUCUGGAAAUGUUUCGUCGUCUUAGUGGCAAGCAAUUUCCAAGUUACACUACUGCUCUUAUAGCCACCGUUGCCGUUGGUUGCUUCCUGCUCACACUAAACAUACUCAUCUUUGCCGGCAUCUAUCAUCAGCGCGAGAAGCGAGCACGUGACGCCAAAACCAAAGAGGAACUACAAGAUAAUGACACAAGCAAAAACUCCAGCAUACUCAAAUUGAAUGCAAUCGCCGAUGAUGAUGGCAGUGUACAUUUUGAUGACCUCACUGGCAAGGGCACAAUGAUUUUCGGCGAGUACAACUACUACGAUGAGAAACCAAAGCCGGGCAAGGAGGAGAAACUGCUGGUCGAUUUGCCGCCAAUACAAACAACGGCACAUAUGGAAUUGAAUUGGCCCGCCGGCUCUACAAGCACAUUAGAUUUACUGAAAACGAAGCAUCAUCAUCACAACACUUUGGACGCGCCCACAUACAGCGGCGCCAGCAAAGAAGCCAACGAUAUGCAACAACAACAACAUCUACAAGCCAUCAGCAGCGUUGAAAUGGCCACUUACAAUGCGCAGAUGCCCAUCGCGCCCAGCAUUGCUAUACUGGAAUCAGCCAUGAUUGCGCCCGGCAGACGCAGCUCAUUUGCCGCCAGUGGCAGUCAAACUUCGAUGCAGUUCGAUUACGCUGUACAAUCGUCGGAUCAGCUAUCGUUUAAGGAAAUCGAAGAUGCUGUCAAAGCGUCCACCGAUGAUAUUAUCAAUGAUAUGGACGAUGAUAUACCAGAACCACCACCGCCGCCAAGAUCCUUUCAAAGCGCACACCAUCAGCUACAACAACAACAACAACAACAACAGCAGCAAGGUGGCAUACUGCGUUCAUCCGGCUCAAAUACGGUUUCGAGCACGAGCGGCAAGAAACGUGUACAUAUUCAAGAGAUUUCAGUUUAGUCGAACUCAAAUACGAAUACUCUAAUGUAGGUAACGCAUACAAUUACUAAUGAAUACUAAAUAUAAUGAAUAUCGUACAAUGUACUUCUCAUAUGUAUGUAUGUAUGUAUUUACAAAACCUCCUAUUUCGCUUUCAUUUGCUUUGGGAGAAAAUCUUCUGAUACUAUAAUUUCGACAUUUUCAUCACCAAAGUUUCCUUUGCCUUUCUACUGAUGAAUUCCAUUCAAAUAUAGUUUCUCGUACAGGACAUUUUACUUGCAUGCAUUUGUAUGUGUUAGAAACAAAGAGUUCCAUCAUCUAAGUACUAUAACUGUAAAACAUAUUGUGUAUUGUACUUCUAUUUUACAUAAAUACUAAAUUAAGCAAAAUACUCGCUGCACUUCGGAGAAUUCACGUUUAAUUUCGAAGCCAUUUUUUCAGCUGCCCGAACUGGCCAGCUGGCUUCUUAUUUAGCAAAUAAAUCUAUCAUAUUCUGCUGUAAAUUAUUAUAUAUUGUAUUUACUUAUUAUAUUUAAGAAUUUUCAGAUGAAAUACGUGCAUGUAUUUGUGCGUAUUAAAAUAAAAUAAUUAUUUAUUGUAUAAUAUUGUAUGGUGACUAUAUGAAUGUAAAUGUAA